GCCCAACGUGGGACAUAUGGAGAGAUUGCAACAAUCUGAGCAGAGAUACGGAGCCUGGAGUGUGGAGAGUGCCAGUGGCCUAAGCUUAAUGAUAUGGAGCAAAAAUUGUGUGAAAAUGAGGCAAAAGUGUGUGCGACGGCGGACAGCCCGGACAAUAUCAGGGAUUGUGCUGAACGUCAUAAAUUUAUCUGCUAUUGUGCCAAAACAACAAAAAACAAAUUCCGUUUAAUUAACAAAGAGAAAAAGUGGCGAGAUGCCCAGAGCCAUUGCAGAAAAAAGUACACCGACCUGGUCAGUGGACCCGAACACAUUCAAGACCCUGAGUUCAAAAAGCUGAUUGAAACUGUGAAUGAACCUGUGUGGAUCAGCCAGUUCAGACCUUGGAGGUGGUCGGAUGGGAGUGAUUAUUCUUACAGAAACUGGAAACGUGAUCCCAACCAAGGCGGCAAGUAUUGCUCUUUUAUGUCAAGGGAAUCUGGAAAAUGGAAAACUGGUGAUUGUAUGGAAAAGAAACCCUUCUUCUGCUAUUAUGAUAAACUGGUCCUGAUCAGAGAAGAAAAGACCUGGGAAGCUGCCUUAGAGUACUGCAGAGCGAACCACAAGGACCUGGUCUCCAUCACGGAACGGGAUGAGCAGAGACUGGUCCAGCAGACAGCUCAGACGGUCGAAACUCCCUACGUCUGGCUGGGACUGCGUUACAGCUGCCCUCUGGUUAUGUGGUUCUGGGUCAGUGACAGGCUCGUGCGGUAUGAGAACUGGGCCUCAGCGGAGCACACGGACGAGCAGUGUGACGUGGCGGUGGCCAUGAACAAAGAUGGACAGUGGGUCAAAAGAAAGGAUAGUGAAAAGAGUUAUUUCGUCUGUUCGUCAUGGUAGACAUUCAAACCACCCUCGUUCACUUAUACUAUAUAUUUCUUCUCUUCACCACAGUGUAGUAAUUACGACUAAAAAAUACUGUGUUAAAAAGUAAAAUGAUCAUUUCUUCUUCUUGUAGUAUUUUAGCCAUAUUUAGAGUUCUGGUGAAUGUUAGAUUUUUCUCGUUAAGAUGCAUUUUUAUAAUGACAAAUAUAUGCAUAAAUAUACAUACAAAUAUAAAUAAGAUUUUGUCAAUUCUUAAGGGGCUCGACAAAGGCCCUGUGCCAUAUCCCUCUUUUUUACCUGGAGCCGAGUACAUGGCAUUCUCCUUUUUUUUCCUUUUUUUUCACGUUUUCUCUGAUCUGGUUUGGUUUUUCUUCCUAGGUGUUUCUCGUGUUGUUACUCUGAGUGUUGGACUGGUUUCUCCUUGUGUGCUCCACCCUCACUGGUUUCGCCUGUCUCUUGUUAUUCCAUCAGCCCGUGUGUGUGUGUUAUGUCUGAGGGUGUAUAUAUGUGUGUGUGUAUAUAUAUGUAUAAACCUGCCCUUCACUUUGUUCUUUGUCAAGUUACACUGUCCGAGUUCUUGUUUGGGACCUCACCUGUUUUUUUGGUUUGAAAGUUUUUCUUGAAAUCAUUUUUCUCCCUGGUUCUGCCUCCCUCUGUGAACUGCAUUUGAGUCCUACUUCACAAGAAACUGUUGCACUGUUGGGCUGCAGAGUAUCUCUACAGGGCUAUCAGAGGUUUGAACCUGUCGACAGUACUGCGCCUUGUCUGGUACAAAUGGCCAGCACUUUUUCUAAUUAUUCCUUGAAAGUUUCCUGGCAAUAAUAGUCGAGAUGCCCCAAAAUGAACUGUCUAUAGUAGCUGAGUUGUAUACAUUUACAUUUAACAUAUUGAUAAUAAAGAGUUUAAUUCUCUUAUUUUUUGACUAAACAAAGCUAUAUUAUCUUUAUCUGAAGUUAAAGUCAAUUAAGCAGUAGUGGAAAUAGGACAAAGCGAUGGAUGGUGGUUUUCUGUUAGUUUCUUACUGAGUAAAUUAUCUUUGUUUAAACUGACGCAGACUUCUUCUGUAUGUGUGAUAAUAUAAAAUACUAUAAUGUACUAUUGUAAACAUCAUGAUUUAAUAGUUAAUGACUGCAGCUGAAAUCAAACCAUUGCAUUAUGUUAACGUUUAAUUUUCUGGAUCAUGUAACACAAUAUAUUAAAAUACAGCUUCAUUAAA